GCAGAGGCCCCGGCGCAGGGGCGCGCGGAGCACGAGGGGCUCCCCGCGAAGGCCCACACAGAUGGGGAGCCUAAGGCCGGGGUUAGGCGCCGGCGGAAGGGGGUUGGGAGGCACUGGGUUCCCGAGGCCCGGGCCAGCGUCCUGAGGGGCAUUCAGGAUCCUUGGCAAGGCCCUCCUGUCCAAGAGGCUUCUGCAGACGGCAUGAAAGGGCCUCCCUCUGGCAGAGCCUCUAAGCCCCUGGAGAGCAGGCCGCUGAGGGAGACCCUCCGCGGCUUCUGCACAUCCGAGGACAGUGACAUCAAUAUCACCAGUGGGGAAGAGGACCACAAGGAGCAGCCUUUCCCAGGCGUCUGCAACCCCAAAGAGAAGGAGAACAGUGGCCGUGUCCCCCGGGCUCUCCCAGACAGCCGGGCGGCACCACCAGAGGGCCUUUGCUGCUACAUCUGCGGGUCCCCGCUGUCCCCGGCCUCGCACCACCAGGUCCACGUGCAGAAGCAGGAGAAGCUGGCGCAGGCCCCGUUCUUCCCCUUCCUGUGGCUGCACAGCCCGCCCCCAGGGGCACAGCCCAUCAGCGAGGGCGGCAGCACCCUGGUGUGCGCCAGCUGCUUCUCCUCCCUCACGCAGCAGUGGCAGAGCUUCGAGCUGGCCAACGUGCCGGUGCUGCAGCGACUCUAUGUGGUGCCCCUGGACAGCCACGCCCCCGGCAUGGCCUCCAAGGGCAGGAGGCUCCCUAGAGAAGAGGGCCUGCCCUCCGGGGCCCUGCGAGAGGCCUGCUACCUCUGUGGGGAGGACUGUACCCCAGAUGCCCGGGCGGUCCCCUCCAGGAUCCUCAAUGGCAACGCGAGGAGCGCCAUGCAUUUCCCCUUCCUCAGCCUCCUUCCCUGCCCGCCCAACGCCCAGGGCCCCAACAAGCGCUGUGAGGUCCGCAGCUGCCCCAAGUGCUUCAGCGUCCUGGAGGAUGUCUGGGCCCUGUACAGGGCCUGCCAGAACGAGGAGCUCAUCACCUCCGUGCAGGGCUUCCUGGGCAGGUACCACCAGGCCUUCUCCGCCUCCGACCCUGCCCUCUCCGAGUUGCCCGCCUCAGCCCAGGGCGGUCCCGUGUCCAUCUGCUACAUCUGUGGGGCUGAGCUGGGCCCCGGGAAGGAGUUCCAGCUCAACGUGAACCCUGCCAGCCGCUUGGGCGAGAAGGAGCCCUUCUUCCCCUUCCUGACCGUGUACCCGCCUGCCCCUCGUGCCAGGCCUGUGGACUCCACCGGCCUGGUGGCCACCUGUGUGCUCUGCUACCAUGACCUGCUGGCCCAGUGGCUGCAGCAUGAGGCCCGCAGCACCCACCACGCUGUCAGCGCCUGGUCCCGGCAGUACCAGGUGGAGACGUUCGUGUGCUUCUUUUGCCAGCAGGAGAAGAAACGGUGUCUGGGCCUGAAGUCCGUGCGGGUGGCCCGGCUGCCCCUGUUCCUAUACACCCUGCGAGCAAGCCACAGCCUGUUGGUGGAUGACGGACAGCAGCUGAUCAUCGGCGCUUGCGUGGAGUGUGGGACCCUGGUGUGUGCAGGUCAAGGGGUCAGCCGCCAGGGACCCAUGAACUGGAGCUCCCCAGUGGCAGCAGCGACGAAGGCUGUUUGUGGAUCUCUGGAAGCAUCUACAGCCACCCACCCUCCCACCCGGGAGUCCGAGACCCGGCCAGGCGCCCCCACGGAGACCCUGCCCAGAGGCCCCAGGAUGGCCCAGGAGCUGAGGCCAGUACAGUGUCUGCAGAGCAGCCGGGAGGAGGACGGACCAGACCUCGCCGGUGCAGGCAUGAGCCAUGAGCCCAAGUCCCCUUCGCUAGGGAUGCUUUCCACCGCGACCAGGACCACCGCCACCGUCAACCCCCUCACCCCCUCGCCGCUCAAUGGCGCCCUGGUGCCCAGCGGCAGCCCCGCCACCAGCAGCGCGCUGUCGGCCCAGGCCGCGCCAUCCUCCAGCUUUGCCGCCGCGCUGCGCAAGCUCGCCAAACAGGCGGAGGAGCCCAGAGGGUCCUCACUGAGCAGCGAGUCGUCCCCCGUGUCCUCUCCGGCCACCAACCAUAGCUCCCCUGCCAGCACACCCAAGCGCGUGCCCAUGGGCCCUAUCAUCGUCCCCCCUGGGGGCCACAGCGUGCCCAGCACACCCCCCGUGGUGACCAUCGCUCCAACCAAAACCGUCAAUGGCGUCUGGAGGAGCGAGAGCCGGCAGGACGCCGGCUCCAGGAGCAGCAGUGGAGGUCGGGAACGCCUCAUUGUGGAGCCCCCGCUCCCCCAGGAGAAGGCAGGGGGCCCAGCCAUCCCCUCGCACCUGCUUAGCACCCCCUACCCCUUCGGCCUCUCCCCCAGCUCGGUUGUGCAGGAUUCCCGCUUCCCACCACUCAACCUCCAGCGGCCUGUGCACCACGUGGUGCCCCCCAGCACCGUGACCGAGGACUACCUGAGAAGCUUCCGGCCCUACCACACCACUGACGACCUCCGCAUGUCCUCGCUGCCUCCCCUCGGCCUGGACCCGGCCACUGCUGCAGCCUACUACCACCCCAGCUACCUGGCCCCACACCCCUUCCCCCACCCGGCCUUCAGGAUGGAUGACUCCUACUGCCUGUCCGCCCUGAGGUCCCCGUUCUACCCCAUCCCCACCCCCGGCUCUCUGCCCCCGCUGCACCCAUCAGCGAUGCACCUCCACCUCUCCGGGGUCCGCUACCCCCCCGAGCUCUCCCACUCAUCCCUGGCAGCGCUGCACUCGGAGCGCAUGUCCGGCCUCAGUGCUGAGAGGCUGCAGAUGGACGAGGAGCUAAGGCGGGAGAGGGAGCGUGAGCGUGAGCGUGAGGCUGACCGCGAGCGGGAGAAGGAACGUGAGCGCGAACGCGAGAAGGAGCGCGAGCAAGAGAAGGAGCGUGAGCGUGAGAAGGAGCGUGAGCUGGAGCGCCAGCGGGAGCAGCGGGCCCGGGAGAAGGAGCUGUUGGCCGCCAAGGCCCUGGAGCCCGCCUUCCUGCCUGUGGCCGAGCUGCAUGGGCUGCGUGGCCAUACCACUGAGGAGCGGGGCAAGCCCUCGGAGCAGCUGACCCCAACCCGAGCAGAGAAGCUGAAGGAUGCCGGCCUGCAGGCGCCCAAGCCUGUGCAACACCCCUUGCAUCCGGUGCCCACCCCACACCACACGGUGCCCAGCCUCAUCUCCAACCACGGCAUCUUCUCUCUGCCGAGCAGCAGUGCUGCCACAGCCCUGCUGAUCCAGCGCACCAACGAGGAGGAGAAGUGGCUGGCGCGGCAGCGGCGGCUGCGGCAGGAGAAGGAGGACCGGCAGUCUCAGGUGUCGGAGUUCCGGCAGCAAGUGCUGGAACAGCACCUGGACAUGGGCCGACCCCCGGUGCCGGUGGAGGCGGAGCACAGGCCAGAGAGCACCACCAGGCCAGGACCAAACCGUCACGAGCCAGGUGGCCGCGACCCUCCGCAGCACUUUGGGGGGCCACCACCUCUGAUUUCACCCAAGCCCCAGCUCCAUGCUGCACCCACGGCCCUCUGGAACCCCGUGUCCCUGAUGGACAACACCUUGGAGACGCGGCGGGCCGAGAGCCACUCUGUGCACAGCCAUCCGGCUGCAUUUGAGCCCAGCCGCCAGGCAGCCGUGCCGCUGGUGAAGGUGGAGCGGGUCUUCUGCCCGGAGAAAGCAGAGGAGGGGCCACGGAAGCGUGAGCCUGCCCCCCUGGACAAGUACCAACCACCUCCACCACCACCACGAGAGGGAGGGAGCCUGGAGCACCAGCCCUUCCCGCCCGGGCCUGGGCCCUUCCUGGCUGAGCUCGAGAAGUCCACCCAGACCAUCCUGGGCCAGCAGCGGGCCUCCCUCCCACAGGCAGCCACCUUCGGGGAGCUCAGCGGACCCCUGAAGCCUGGCUCGCCCUACCGGCCCCCAGCGCCACGGGCCCCCGACCCCGCCUACAUCUACGAUGAGUUCCUGCAGCAGCGCCGGAGGCUGGUCAGCAAGCUGGACCUGGAGGAGCGCAGGCGGCGGGAGGCCCAGGAGAAAGGGUACUACUACGACCUCGAUGACUCUUACGAUGAGAGCGAUGAGGAGGAGGUCAGGGCCCACCUCCGCUGCGUGGCCGAGCAGCCGCCCCUCAAAUUGGACACGUCCUCCGAGAAGCUAGAGUUUUUGCAACUUUUUGGCUUGACCACCCAACAGCAGAAGGAGGAACUGGUGGCCCAGAAGCGCAGGAAGCGGCGGCGGAUGUUGAGAGAGAGAAGCCCGUCGCCCCCAACGAUUCAGAGCAAGCGGCAGACGCCUUCGCCGAGACUGGCGCUGUCCACCCGCUACAGCCCUGACGAGAUGAACAACAGUCCCAACUUCGAAGAAAAGAAGAAGUUCCUGACCAUCUUCAACCUGACCCACAUCAGCGCCGAGAAGAGGAAAGACAAAGAGAGACUUGUUGAAAUGCUCCGUGCCAUGAAGCAGAAGGCACUGUCAGCAGCAGUGGCCGACUCCUUGACAAACUCUCCGAGGGACAGUCCUGCCGUCUCCCUGAGUGAACCGGCCACUCAGCAAGCCUCUCUGGAUGUGGAGAAGCCGGUGGGGGUUGCUGCUUCCUUGUCUGACAUCCCAAAGGCCACGGAGCCUGGGAAGCUGGAACAGGUUCGGCCCCAGGAGCUGUCGAGAGUCCAGGAGCUAGCUCCUGCCAGCGGGGAGAAGGCCAGGCUGAGCGAGGCCCCUGGAGGCAAGAAGAGCCUGAGCAUGCUUCACUACAUCCGGGGCGCUGCAUCCAAGGACAUUCCUGUGCCGCUGUCCCACAGCACCAAUGGGAAGAGCAAGCCGUGGGAGCCCUUUGUGGCAGAAGAGUUUGCACAUCAGUUCCACGAGUCAGUGCUGCAGUCCACCCAGAAGGCCCUGCAGAAGCAUAAAGGGAGCAUGGCUGUGCUGUCUGCAGAGCAGAACCACAAGGUUGACACGUCCGUCCACUACAACAUUCCCGAGCUGCAGUCCUCCAGCCGCGCCCCUCCACCCCAGCACAAUGGGCAGCAGGAGCCCCCCACUGUGAGGAAGGGCCCCCCAACCCAGGAGAUGGACCGGGACUCGGAAGAGGAGGAAGAGGAGGAGGAUGAAGAUGGAGAAGAUGAUGAGGAAGCCCCAAGACGCAAGUGGCAAGGGAUUGAGGCCAUUUUUGAAGCUUACCAGGAACACAUAGAAGAGCAAAAUCUGGAACGGCAGGUGUUGCAGACACAAUGCAGACGACUGGAGGCCCGGCACUACAGCCUCAGCCUGACGGCAGAGCAGCUCUCCCACAGCGUGGCGGAGUUGAGGAGCCAGAAACAGAAGAUGGUCUCAGAACGGGAGCGGCUCCAGGCAGAACUGGACCACUUACGAAAGUGCCUUGCCUUGCCUGCAAUGCACUGGCCUAGGGGCUACCUGAAGGGAUACCCCAGGUGACGGUUUCCCUUGCACUAGGCCGAACCUAUAGUAUAGAAAUAUUAUCUAUUUUAUUACCUUGAAUAUUUAAUAUUUUUCACUGGGAGGUUUGAAGCUUACAAAAUGAGAAUGUGCCAUGCAUGAAGCAAAGGAUUCCAGGCUCCAGAAAAAAAGAAUGAACUCACCUUGACGUCAAUGCAAUUGAAUCACCAUUGUCAUUCAGCGAGCAACCAAUGUAGGAUUGCCCAUACUUUUUCUUUUUAAAGGUGGUUUUAGUCCUUCCUCGCCCACAUUUUUUCUUAAUCUGAACGUAAAGGCUCCAUUAGCAACACUAAAACGUGAUCAUUGACAGCCCCCUGUGCAGAUGAGUGGAUCAAACCGGUUCUGUUUUCUUGUGUUGCCAUGUUACUAUGCCUCAAGCCCAGUUUGCUUUUGCCGCAGUGAUGGGGCCAGUCUCAUUCCUCCCAGGAGUGAAACUUGCUUCAGCUGAAAAGGUUGGGUGCAUUGUAAGUAAAAAAAGGGCUUAUUUGUUUCAUUUACUUUCCUGCAAAAUUUUCUUCAAAGCAACAAGUCCUAGGAGCACACAAAGCAACCCAAAGGCUUUUCCGUGGAAAAGCUCUUACCUAAAGAUAAAACCAAUUCACAAACUGAAGGUACCUUUUUAUUACUCCGUGGGGAGCAUGUACAGAGCUCUGUGUAUACACAGCUUCACACCCACCAGAUUGUUGCUACAGUGGGUGGGGUUUUCAUACAGACGUAAAUUUUGAGAGAAAAGUCAAAGGUGCUUCAGCCUUGUACUGUGUAUAUAUAUUAAAAAAACAAAGUUUUGUAUGUUUUUAUUACUUUAACUAUUGUUAUAAAAAGCCUGCCAUUUUUAAUAUGUGGUUUGGGGGAUUUUUGUUUGUUUUUCCUGUUUGGGGGUUUUGUUUGUUUUGUUUUUUUGGGCAAAAAAAAAAAAAAAAACCUUGCUUUUAGUGUUUGUACUGCUGCUGGUCAGGACAUUAAAAUAUUGAAGUGUUUUUAAAAAUUAAAGAAGAAGAAAAGUAAAAGAGCUUACCACUGGCGCCUAUGCGAUCACUUCAUUUUUAGUUUGAGUUGUACCAGAAGCUGCCGUAGAAAGCCAUGCGCUACUGCUUACCUCCUCCACUCCCCCUCCCCGCCCCCAGCAUCUGGACAAGCUAAUAGCAAAUAUUACCCAUUGCUAUCAAGGGAGGAGGUCCAUAGAACCCAUGUGUGACAAUCAUGUGCACACAUGGGUGGGGCCUUUUAAAAACCUUUCAGGAAGUCAGUGAUUUCUGUGAUAGAAUUCUAAAGUGUCUGAGAGCAGGUACAGAAUAGGAAUGUCAGAGGCUUUAUUUAAAUACAAUGCUUUGUAAAAGCCACGAGGUCUGAGCUGAACCCUUCUUUUUUGAACUUACUGUGACAAGCACAGGAAUGGUCAGAAACUGGGCUCAUCACACCAAGGCAAAGCAAUGGGCAAGUCUUCUCCUUGUCCCAGUUACUGCUUAUGGAGGCAGUGUUUAGAUCAAGAAGGCCUCUCUUGCUCCCAAGGGCCCUCACCAGAGGCCAGGGCUGCCAGUCACUGGUCUGGGGGGUGGAGGCCUGAGCUCAGGGCAGGUUGCCUGACCUGUGUGCUGGCUGCUCACUGCUGUGACCAGCGGCAGAGCCCUUGGCUCUAGCCCUUGCUGCGCAGAACAGCUUGCUGGCAGCUGGCAUCGUGUCGCUUUAUCUGCCCCCGCACAGUUUGCUUUGUACGUCUGCCAAGAAUCUUCCAGUUAUUAGCAAACUCAGACAAAUGUACCGCCAGUAUUAUCAGCAGUCAACAAGCGCCUUCCUCUCCACAGAAGCGGCUGGAAGAGAACUCGAGGGGCUGUGCUGCGGCCUCCCCUCGAAAGACACUGGGAGCUCAACAUGUCCCACAGGUGUUCAGAGGGAGUCGGCUACAAACGAUCAGGGCAAAAAUCUCACUGGAUUUCUCCACUGAAAACCUGCUUGAGGUUUCUGGUCUGAAGGCUUAAGAGUCACAUCUUAGCACUUCUGCUCUCAGGCCACCUCCUCCAUCACAGAUGUCUGGAUGCUUUUGGUAAUGGCCUUGGCUAAAGUAAAAGGGAAAAGUAGAUCCGAUAACUUAAAAACAUAGCUCAUCCCUUACCAUCUAAGGGGUGCUCCCUUGGUUGGAGUUUCUGUGACAGCACAGGGGACAGGUGGUACACCAUGAGGGAUCCGCCCAGGGUGGAAGCAGUGUCACUGUGCUAGCAAUAGUUGGCUUCUCCCCUGCCAGUGGAAACCCCACUUCUGCCCGGUCCUUGAGCUUCUCGCCCAGUCUCCCCAUCCUUCCACGUACUUGUGGCGAUUUGAGUACUGUUGCUCAAGAAAUACGACAAUCAGAAUACAAACCAGUGAGGCAACAUGAAUAAACUAAGAAAAAGGUAAGAAGUGUUUCUCAAAAAUGAAAGCACACCACCCAAGACACAGUACCCAAUCAUGGUUUUCCCAUCCAACAAUUAGUUUCAUACUUUGAAAACUUACUUUCAGAUGAUUCUCAACACAGUAGCACCUAAAUCUGUUUUCAGUUGGGCUUAAAAAUUGACAUGCAAUCUCAAGUUUUUUGUUCAGCUAUUUCACGUUGAGUAAUACGUCAAAUCCGCUCUGGAGUCGAUUAUGCCACCUGUGUGUCAGGAUGUACGUGAAGCCCUCGGCUCGGUCCUUCAACCAUCUUCCUAACAUUACCUGGAAGGGAACUGCCACCUGUCCUCUGCAGAGGGAUACCUUCCAAUAGUAAAUUAUCUGGUUCCUCAUUGAAACAGGUUAUUUUUCUUUGUUUCAUAUAAUCAGAGCCAGACUGACGAUAAAAUAUGUUCCUAAUCAAUUGUCUCAGAUAAGUGACCAAGACGGGAUUUUCCACAUUUUAGUCUACAUUCUAAUCUUAAAGGAAUAAAGCACUGAAUUGGGACUAACAUUCUGGUAGGUUGCACCAUUAAGAGUAUUCAGAGAGCAUCAAAAAGGAGCCCACACCUUCAGCGGUGAAGGAUUCUAACACAGGGAAUCUGCAGUUUGUAGCAGAAUGCUGUUUUCCUCAAGUAGCUCAUAAUAUACUGCCAAAUCUCAAAAAUUAAGCUGAAUUUCAAACCAGAUACUCCACUCCCCCUUUCCCUGAGCCACGUGUUUCACCCAAGUGUAGAAAAUUCCAGGGAUCCACCACAAGAUGGAGAUGGUCAGCACAAACCAAUUCUGUUCCUCUUUAAAGUGUAUAUUAGCCACUUAGCAAUCUCUAUACUCUUUCAAGUAACCAAGCUGUUGACUUUCUUACUACUUGCAGUAGCCUGUCCCCAACUUUUCAAUCCAGUGCUUAACCUAAAAAACUCCUUAACUCUGCCUUGACCUGAGGAAGACCAUGCUAAUUGGUGUUAUUUUGUAUGUACCCUGUGCUUAAUUCUAGAACAGUAAACCCAUACACAGGUGGGAGGGAGGAACACCGGUGCCUCGGUCACUCUGGGGGCAGUUUAGAUGCUGUGAAAUUAAACCUGUUCUAAGUGUACUUGUUUGAAUUAAUUGUAUUGUAAUAUUAUUUGUUGAAUGUAGUAAUUAGGUAUUUAUGAAUAUAUUGCUGUAAUUUCUGACAACAUCCAAAAAAUAAAAUCUUCCUAAAUCAUGUUAAAA